UACUCUAUCGAAAAUCAAUGUGUAAAAAAAAACAAAAAUAAAAAUUCUAUCAGCCGCAGCAAGUGUCGCAACUCCAAAAUUAUAAUUUCAUCCAAUUAUCCAAAUGUGCCUGAAAAGUCAAUUUAAUUCUCAAAUUUAGCUGUAACGUUAUUUCAGAUUUGUUGUUUCCUUAAACAAAUUAUUAAAAUGUCAGAGUAUAAUGGAAAUUAUAAUUCAGACAAUCAGAAUAAGUCGAAUAAUAACCGAGAUUUCAUUGCAUUCAACAGUCCACCUCAGUCAAAAUUCAGUCCAAAUAAUUUCAGCAGUCCAGUGAAAAAUAAAAGUUACAAAAGAAAACAAUGGAAUCAGAGCUUUAAUUCUAGUUUCAGUCAGUCCCACAAUAAUUCUGCUAAUCGGUAUUCAGGUCCUUACAAUAGAAGCUCCAAUAAUUCUAGAAACAAUUCGUGGUCAAAGAAUAAUCAUAAUAAUUCAAAAGAAUCAGACAAUAUUUCAUCAUUUUUACAUCCCUCUUUCGUAGAAGAUCCGUGGAAAAAGUUGGAAGAAGAGCUCAAAAAGAAAAUUUCAGGAUAAGAAUCUUUGUAAAAUUGUUAAAUUUUUUUCUGAUAUGGGAAUGAUGGAUUUUGUUUCAUUUAUUCAUAUCAUUCAUGCCAUACUAUAAUGUAUAUAAGAAAUACUAAGUCAAACUGAACUAGUUAAGCCUCAACUGGAGUGGUGACUUAAGAGAUAUUGUUUUAUAUUAACCUGUACACAUACAGUAUUGGUGGGGAAAAAUUUUUUGGAGAAAUAUUGCAAUAAAGAGAUCUUACCUAUAUAAGAUAA